AUGAAACCAUCCAACAUUCGAGCCAUCAAACGGCAAGGAGUACGAUUCGGUAUUGUUUGUGCGCUGCUGCUGGCUGUGGGCGUCUCCUGUCGCUCGGUGGUGCGUCGCGACGUCUCCCAUCUGCCGCUGGAGUAUCUGCCGCCCGUGGUGCUACCUCCAGUGCCCAGUCGGGACUACCUGCCGCCUGUGGAGGAGCAUGCUGCGACCCUCAACCAUGUCCUGCAGCCACCACGUGACUAUCUGCCGCCGGUGAACAAUGAGUAUCUUCCCCCUGUGGUGGAGGAGGAGCUCCAAGAAGCGCCCGUAGUCACAACGGAGGAGGAGAUUGCUGUGGAGACCACAGCUGCACCCACCACAGAGGCGGUGACUGAAGCCCAAACCGAACCCGAACUCGAAUCCGAAGCAGAGAUCGUCACGGAACCCGUGGAGGUGAAGGCCCUGGAACAUAUCGAAGAGUCGGCCGUUCUCCUGGACGAUGGCUAUCACUAUCGCACACCCCAGGUGGUGCCAAACCUUCUGCCCGUAAAGGAGUACCUGCCCCCCCUCGAUGAUAAUGCAGUCGUCGAAGAGAUUCCCGAACACGAAGAGGACUCCUCCGCCCUGCUGGACGAUGGCUAUCACUAUCGUUCGGUUAAGCGUCUGCGCUUCUAG